CCACACGCCUAUUCCAUCGCAUCACCACACGUUUCACGAACCAGAGCCCGGUUGCACUAACAAGCUGCCCGCGCCGCAUCACCACCUUCCAUUUCCCCAUCUAGGGUUGCGUGAGCCCCGCCACCGCCGGCCAUGUCCGACCCGGCCUCCGCCCACGCGGCGCAGAGAUGCGCUGCGGCGCCGCGGCAGCCGGCGACGAGGACGGCAGCGAGGACGACGCGGAGGAGGAGGAGGAAGAGCACGAUGAGGUGGAAGAGGAGGAGGAGGAGGAGGAGCUGCCACCUGCCGAGGAGCCGCCGUCGCCGGCGGCCCCAGAACCGGUCUCGUCCUUUCCGGGGAACCCGAACCAGCUGACGCUGCUGUUCCAGGGCGAGGUCUACGUCUUCGAGUCCGUCACCCCUGACAAGGUUCAAGCUGUCCUGUUACUGUUAGGAACUGGUGAAAUUCCACCCGGUCUAUCUGCCAUGGUUUUACCCAGUCAACGUGAAAAUAGGGGCUAUGAGGAUUUACUUCAGAGGACAGACAUUCCUGCAAAAAGGGUUGCUUCACUCAUCAGGUUCCGCGAAAAACGCAAGGGGAGAAAUUUUGAUAAGCAAAUACGCUAUGCUGUACGCAAAGAAGUGGCACACAGGAUGCAGCGUCGGAAGGGGCAAUUUGUUGGAAGAGCGAAUUUGGAGGGGGAGUCCCCUUCUCCAGGCUGUGAUCCUGUCUCCCAGGGCUCAGGCCAAGAUUUCCUGUCUCGAGAAUCAAAGUUGUGUCAGAAUUGUGGCACUAGUGAAAAGAUGACACCGGCAAUGCGUCGUGGUCCAGCUGGUCCAAGGACUUUGUGCAAUGCUUGUGGACUGAUGUGGGCCAACAAGGGCACCCUGAGAAGUUGCUCCAAGGCAAAAGUUGAAGCUCCUAUGCUUGCAAUUGAGCAGUGCAACGCUGCUGUCGCCCAGUGUCAGACCGGAACCGAUGUCAAAGCACUGCCAGCUCCAAACAACUACGACGUCGCUCCAAGCAACGGCGAAGCCAUGGAUAACAGUGUGACUGCAAACGCAACUGCUGCUGCGAUGGAAGGAGCGCCGAAAGCGCAGUCAGAAUAAUUUACAUCAGCAUUUGAUCAUCGAACCCAAAAGACCCCGAAUUCAUCUUGUGUAGCCAAAAUUCACGAAACACAGGAUUCGCUAAUCAGGAAUACUGAUUGUCAUCAAGUGUACAUCAAAAUACUGAUUGCCAGCGCCAGAUAUGUACGUAAUUAACAUAAGAGCGUCUGAUCGAAUCGACACGAUGUUGGCAUUCGAGGUGUUACAUUCGGCUGCCCUUUGCGAGCAGCGCAUUUGCAUAAUCACAUUGAUCGUUUUACGAUCUUCGUCUUU